CUGAUAAGUACUGAUAAAAAUUUAUCCAUAAACUAAAACCCAGCUAACUUCAAAGUUUAGUAUUUUUCAUGCAACAGGUACUUUUUAAACGAAGAAUCCGAUGAAUGGUGUAUUGUAAUUUAGAAAGAAAUGUCGCGACAAAGUAACGACGUUUGUAAUGAAACCUCCUUAAAUAAUUUUACUAACGCACGUGUGAACAAUAUGGAUUUAUUUGAUGGUUUUUCUGAAGAGAAAUCCGAGCAGAGCAUGCUUGGAACUUCCAGUGAUCAUGUUACCUCAAACCAGUUCCAAAAUAAUAUCUUGUGUAAGAUCGAAAAUGAUUCUUAUCCGUCUGAUCAAGAAAAUGUUCCAACGUUAGAACUAAAAGUGAAACAGGAGGCACGAACUGAUCAACGUUUUGUAAAAGAUGAGCUCCUACAAUCUGCCGAACACGUUAAAGCCGAAGAUGUUUACACUACGGAUUCGAGUAUGCCUUCCGUAGAAAUAUCGAUCGACAACCCUGAGAUUAAGAUAGAAGUAAAAUCAGAACCAUUUACCGAAGAAGUAUGUAUUUCUGGAUUUUCAGUUAUGCUCGAUGAACCAGCCGAAAUGAUUGCCGAAGAUAAUCACUUUGUAAAUUCGACAAUUUCUCCCCAAGAAAUAUCUACCGACCUUCUUCAUAGUGCGAAGGCAAACCUUAAACAAUUUUCCAUAAGAGUGGACGCAGACACUUGCAGAAAUGUGACUAAAAAUAAUCGUUACUCUUUGACUACGUCUUCUGCAGAAAAUUCGAAUAGCAGACGUUGCAGUACAGAGGAUCCACUUGAGCAACAUUUUGAAGAAGUUACACCUUUGAAACGGGAAUAUUCUGACGAAGAUAGUCAAUCUCCGAAUUCUACCAUUCCUUCCUCAAAAAAGUCGUUAGAGAGUCGUUAUAACGCAGAGGCGCAACCAGGAUACUCAAAAGAUCAAGAAAACGCCGAUCAAGGUCGGAUUACUCGAUCUGCAAAACAGAAAAAACAUCUCUCAACUGUAAAAAGGCCAACGCGAAACUCCGGCAAUGGUUCAAACAAGGUGACUGUAGAGAUGCGGGAUUCAUCGAAACCAUUCCACUGCCAAGUGUGUAACAAACAGUUUGCUUAUAAAAGAUCUUUAAGUGCACAUGGAUUGGUACAUAGUGAAGAGAAACCCUACAAAUGCAGAACUUGCGGCACACGAUUCAAGAACUACCAGAAUAAAUUGAGUCACGAACAACGCAUGCAUGUGGAAAAAGCUUGUUUUGAAUGCGCUGUUUGCGGAAAAAAGUACUCUUAUAAAGAGUCCCUCUUUACACACCUGAAACUACAUUCCACGCCAUUUUCUUGUCAAAUAUGUAGCAAAAGUUUUGCUCGAAAAGAUCAUCUUAGACAGCACCAACGGAUGCAUAGUGAAGAGAAAUGCUACAAAUGCGGCAUUUGUGACGCACGAUACAAGCACAAUCGCCAUAAAGUGAGGCACGAACGCACGCAUGAUGGACCUUGUUUCGAGUGCGCUGAUUGCGGAAAAAAGUUUUCCUGUAAAGAUAAUCUCACUAAACAUGUAAAAGUACAUUUCGGUGUCAAGCCGUUUUCUUGCCAAAAGUGCGGUAAAAAAUUUACACGAAAAGGCAGUCUUACUCAGCACCAACGGACACAUACCAAAGAGAAACCCCUCAAAUGCCGCAUAUGCAACCAAAAAUUCAGUCACCAAGGGGAGAAAGCAAGACAUGAACGUUUUCAUCGUUUUGAGUGUGCCCAUUGUGGCCGCAAAUUCUGCUAUAAGAAGUCCCUAGCCAACCACAUAUCAUCAAAAUGUACUUGAAUAUCAAUAAUUGAGUGCUUAUCUCAAUGUGUAAAAUUGAAAUUUGUUUUUUUUUCUAUGUGACAAAAACUUGACUUGAUACUUGACCGAUUUCUUAAAUUCAGUUUAUUCUUAGAGAUUGGCGUGUAAAUGUCUCACUUAUUGAUAUCCGACUUGUGCUUCAAUUUUCGUAUGGAAAAAAAUACACAAUGGUAUUUUAUGGU